AUGUAUUCUCUUGGUGGAAAUUUGUCAUCAAUACUUAUCCAAUCUUUUUAUUACAGAGAAAAUAAAAAUCUCACAGGCACUGCUCGUUAUGCUAGUGUUAACACACACCUUGGAGUUGAGCAAAGCAGAAGGGAUGAUCUAGAGUCUCUUGGCUAUGUGCUUAUGUAUUUUUUGCGGGGAAGCCUUCCUUGGCAGGGUUUGAAAGCUGGCACCAAAAAGCAGAAAUAUGACAAAAUUAGUGAAAAGAAGAUGCUUACUCUGUAG